AUUUAUUUUGCGUUCGCGCUAUAAAAGUCUUCGAAAAAGACGCGCCAAAUGCAUUCAUAUUCGUGCGAGUUGCGCACUCGAGGUUGCGCUUUCUGCACGUAGCGUGGUAACUCUGCACCCGGAGAUGAAUUAAUUUAGCGGAUCUCGCAGUCAGAUGUUUCCCGUUGUCGCGUGACAGCGACAGUUCGCCGUGCUGUCAAGUUCCGUUUCGACCGGCGAUCGCGCGCGCUUUCAUCUCCCCGAGGUGAUACGUCACUCGAGUGCGCUUAUCAGGCUUAUCUCAUUCUCACCCAGUCCGACGCCCGUCAACUCGACGAACAGCUGAGCGUUUUUCAAGUUCCCGUGCUUAUCGCCAGAUUUGCACAUUUAUCGGUCCGCGCAACGUAACCCUACCUCGUGCCAUCACAUCGUCUAUCUCGGCCACGCAAACUGGUUCCAAAGAAUAUUGCAACAGUCAAUUCCACGUGGACGUCCGCAAUGCGACUCGAGGGUUGCGAAACUUGAUGCUAAGAGGACGGGGACUUGGAAGAAGAAAUCGACAUCGACUGUAAACAUCGCGUGAAACGACGAGCUGAGCCAUUGAGGUGAGGUAUCUGAUUUACGCCGAGCGGAGAAAAUAGCGUGUCUUUGGCAGUGUCCGUUUGCAAGUAACACUGGGCUACAUGGUAAGGAUGAACAGAAAGACCAACAGUGCGACGGCCAGAUUGAGACAGGACUAUCUCCGCCUUAAAAGAGAUCCAGUGCCGUAUGUUCUUGCAGAGCCAGUGCCUUCGAAUAUCCUGGAAUGGCAUUAUGUGGUCAUAGGACCGGAAAAAACACCAUAUGAGGGUGGAUUUUAUCAUGGAAAACUCAUAUUUCCAGGAGAGUUUCCAUUUCAACCUCCUAGCAUUUACAUGAUCACUCCCAACGGCCGAUUUAAAGUCAAUACGAGAUUGUGUCUAUCCAUUUCCGACUUCCAUCCAGAUACAUGGAAUCCAGCAUGGAGCGUAUCUACUAUUCUUACUGGCUUACUCAGCUUUAUGAUUGAAAAGAGUCCCACGCUCGGCAGUAUUAAUACAACAGAUUAUGAGAAGAGACAGCUGGCUGCACAAAGCUUAGAAUAUAAUUUGAGGGACAAAAUGUUCUGCGAACUCUUUCCAGAAACUGUCGAGACGAUCAGAAUGGAACUGGAACGUCGGAAAGAACUUGAGAAACAAGCGAGGCAUCAGUCUACUGCGUCCGAAGUCUCUUCGUUGAUACGAGAUCAGUUCCAGAGAGAUCAGAGUCCAUUACACAGCGCACUAGCAAAUCUCGUUGUCAUCAUUGGCUUCGCGGCGUUUGCGUACACGGUGAAUUGUGUGCUGAAGAGCAUAGCCAUGGAAUAAGUCCGAAUCAGAAUAUUAUGUAUUUCAAACUAUACGAGACAAAGGGA